UGGAUAACUGGCUGCAAUCUGCUUCGAGUUUACAUUUCGGCCGCUUUAGUUGUGAGAGUAAUUAAGAUAAAAUUUAGCGAACAACAAUUUGGCGCUUUUCUAGAUUCGGUUCAUUUUAUUGGCUUUUUCCUUUGAGGAGAUGGGUUGGAAAAUGAGGAAUAUAUCUUAUCUGAGUGCGGCAGUGGUCCUUUGCUUACUCGGGGCCACUUUACAGUCCGAGCGCAGCUGCGAGGAGGUGAAGAAAGUUUUCGAACUGCUUCAAAUCGGACCAUCCAAGUGGGUGCCGGAGACCCCCAGACCUGGGUCUGGUCUUCAGGUAUGCACACUAAAGAACAAAACGUGUUGCACAAGAAAGGUGGAAGAUCAGUACCAGUCAGCAGCUCACCAAGAUCUUCAACAUUUGCUUCAAACAACCAGCUCAACUCUGAAAUAUUUGAUAUCACAGAAUGCAGCUGCUUUUCAAGAAGCAUUUCAGAAUAUAAUUCAGCAAGCUGAGGACAACACCAAGAUACUGCUGAGAACUACAUAUCGAAAAUUGACCCCACAAAUGGCUGCACUAGUUCAAGAGCUCUUCGCCGAUGUUGCACUCUUCAUUUUUGGCUCAGAGAAAAAUGUUGGUGAAUUUGUGAACAGAUUUUUUGACAACCUCUUUCCACUGGUCUAUAAUCAUCUAAUCAAACCAGGCCUUAGUAACGUGUCUCCAGAUUUUACAACGUGUAUUCGAAUGGUAAGGAAGGACCUCAACCCAUUUGGCUAUUUCCCAAAAUUAAUUUCAAGUCAAAUGUCAAAAUCUUUAACAGCUGGGCAUAUGUUCUUGCAAGCCUUAAAUUUAGGAAUUGAAAUAAUUAACACAACUGAUCACUUGCACUAUACCAAAGAGUGCAGCAGGGCUUUGCUGAAGAUGCAGUACUGUUCCCAUUGCCAAGGCUGGACUAAUCAUAAGCCAUGCAUGGGAUAUUGCCUGAAUGUAAUUAGAGGAUGCCUUGCUAAUAUGGCAGAAAUUGAUCCUCACUGGCGGGAAUACAUUAGAUCACUUGAAGAACUAUCAAGCGGAAUACUGGAAACAUAUGAUUUAGAACAAAUUUUACUGAAUCUCCAUUCGUUAGUGAAUGAUGCAAUAAUGAGUGCACAGAUCAAUGGAUCAAAGUUGUCAGCAAUGGUAAAUAGAGCUUGUGGACAUCCUGUUAGAAAACCUGCACAACCUAGAGAUCAUCAGCCAGAUCUUUACGAUAAACAUCAACUGAAAUUCAAUCAUCAGGAAAACGAGGAGUCAUUAUCCAGCAGGCGGAAAGAGUUUAUUAGUAGUCUGCGGUUAUAUAGAACUUUAUACGGUGGCCUGGCUGAUCAGCUCUGUGUGAAUGACUUGGCGACUUCUGAUGGAUUAACUUGCUGGAAUGGAGAAGAUGUAGUCUCGAGUUACACACGACAAGUAGUUGGCAAUGGAAUCAAAGCCCAGUCAGAUAACCCAGAGGUGAAAGUUAAAGGAAUUGAUCCAAUGAUAAAUCAGAUCAUCGAUAAACUGAAGCACAUCAAUCAGCUGUUACAAGGAAAAGUGAUCUCCAAGUACGAACAGUGGCGACGGGCAGGAAAGGGCAGUGGUCAGAUUGAUAGUGAUGAUGUCGAGUUCAGUGGAGACUGUGAUGAUGAGGAUGGCUGCGUUGGCUCAGGAAAUGGAGCAGUAAGAACAGCUUUCAAACCCUCUGAACCAGGGCUGCCUGAGCAAAAAAAUAGGCACAGAUUCGGUCCGAGUGAUGCUGAUACAACCUCUUGGACAAGCAAGCCUGGGGGUGCAGGAGCCAUGCUGCCAUGUGGAAUUAUAACAGUUCCUCUGAUCACUUCGGUAGUUUUGAUUCUCCUUUGGUAAAUUUAUAUCACUCCAUUUCUGCCUAUACCUUAUAGCUGAAUUUUGGAAGUACAUUGCCAUAAAUAUAUUUAACAAUUUAAUGUCAAUGAUAGGCAAUUACUUUUGAUAGAUAUUAGCUUUGAUUAUUUUAGUCAUUCAGAAUGUGCUGCAAAGUAGAUGGGUGAGCUCUAUGCAAUUUUACUCCAGUGUUUUAAAAUAUCGAUACUUACAAAUCCUGUUCCCAUAAUAUUAGCCGUACUGGAUAAAAAAUGCAGACUCAAUUCUGCUUAAAACAAUUGAAACAUGAUCCGUAAGUUCUCAUUAUGCUAUCCACGUCACCUUGUGCCAUCAGCUGCUGGGAAUAAUUAAAAUACGAUCUGGCACUUACUUACUGGCUGUAAAUGUAUAGCUAACGUAGAUUUAGAUCCUAAAUACUUUUCAAAUUAUGUCCACAAUAUUAGUUCCAUUUGCUCCUGUUGGCAUUUCCAGUACUAUCCGUCAAGUAUUCCCCUCCCAUUUGUUGCUUUUCUCCUUUAACUGGUCUUUUUUCUCCACAAUUCUGCCCUUUGCAUUGUUCAAUGGCAGCUCUUGAGGCAAAUCUUCGCUACAGAUUUUUUUGAUGAAAAACAGAAACUUCUCAGAUUCUCUUCCAGGUUCAAUAGGUAUGGAACGGGUUGUCUCAAUAUGAAAUGAGCUUAGUACCAGUGCCUAAUGCAAUGCAACCUAACAUCCAGACAUGAUCAGCUGGGAAAGUGGGCAGCUGGAAUUUAACUCAGCCCAGUGUGAAGUGAUGUAAUCUUGGAAGUUAAGAUCAAGUGGAAGAGUUUGAGAUGUCAUGUUAAGAUUGUAAAACAAAAAAAGUUUGAUAAACCACACUUUUUAUAUUGUGUGAAGGUCUGGUUGUCGCACUACAGAGAAGAUUUGAUUAAGCUAGAGGGGUGUACCAAAGCGACUCACAAAAUGCUACCUGGAUUGGAGUGCUUGAGUUACAAGGAGAGAUUGGCAAGGCUAGCUCUACUUUCCCUGCAAUUAAGGAGGCUAAAAGGGGACAGUAUAAGAGAUAAAAAAUUAUGAGGAUCAAAGUGGUGCUCUACAACCCUCUGGCACUAUAGCAUGCAAGGAACCAGCAGUUAAAAGGAUAUUGAGAGAGAGAACUUUCUGUUGUUGUGUACAGUCAUGGGAUCUCAGUCCAUCCCAAAGGACAUUACAGUCAAAAAAGUACUUUAUAAAAGCAGGAUCAUCCACUGAUUCUGGAAAUCUGAAACAAAAUAGUCACAGUCAUAGUCAUAGUCAUACUUUAUUGAUCCCGGGGGAAAUUGGUUUUUGUUACAGUUGCACCAUAAAUAAUAAAUAGUAAUAGAACCAUAAAUAGUUAAAUAGUAAUAUGUAAAUUAUGCCAGUAAAUUAUGAAAUAAGUCCAGGACCAGCCUAUUGACUCAGGGUGUCUGACCCUCCAAGGGAGGAGUUGUAAAGUUUGAUGGCCACAGGCAGGAAUGACUUCCUGCGACACUCUGUGUUGCAUCUCGGUGGAAUGAGUCUCUGGCUGAAUGUAUUCCUGUGCCCACCCAGUACAUUAUGUAGUGGAUGGGAGACAUUGACCAAGAUGGCAUGUAACUUAGACAGCAUCCUCUUUUCAGACACCACCGUCAGAGAGUCCAGUUCCAUCCCCACAACAUCACUGGCCUUACGAAUGAGAUUGUUGAUUCUGUUGGUGUCUGCUACCCUCAGCCUGCUGCCCCAGCACACAACAGCAAACAUGAUAGCACUGGCCACCACAGACUCGUAGAACAUCCUCAGCAUCAUCCGGCAGAUGUAAAAGGACCUCACUCUCCUCAGGAAAUAGAGAUGGCUCUGUCCCUUCUUGUAGACAGCCUCAGUGUUCUUUGACCAGUCCAGUUUAUUGUCAAUUCAUAUCCCCAGGUAUUUGUAAUCCUCCACCAUGUCCACACUGACCCCCUGGAUGGAAACAGGGGUCACCGGUACCUUAGCUCUCCUCAGGUCUACCACCAGCUCCUUCGUCUUUUUCACAUUAAGCUGCAGAUAAUUCUACUCACACCAUGUGACAAAGUUUCCUACCGUAGCCCUGUACUCAGCCUCAUCUUCCUUGAGGAUGCAUCCAACUAUGGCAGAGUCAAAAUAAGAAAUGCUGUAUAUUCAGCAUGUCUAAUAGCAUCUGUGGAGAAAGAAACAGUUAAUAUCGCCGAUCAAUGACUAGUCAUUAGUAUUUUUGAAGCACAAUCACCAUUUAAUAUGCUACCAUUUAACACACGGUAAAGCUCGUGAAACAGUAAAAUAAUAAUAUCCAAAUCAGUUGUGAAGUGCAUGAAAACACUACUUCUCAAGGGUAAUACAAAAACAAUUUAGAUGUAUAUCUUAAUUUUAAUGUUAUAUAUGAAUAAAAUAAUUUGAAGUUUACACACAAUUAACACAUUUUUAAAAAUUCUGUGGGAUAACAUAUGCUGGAGCAAGAUCUCUAAUCUCUUCAACACAAAACAAUGUGAAAUGUAUCUUUAUUAAGCAUAUUUAACUUUCCACUAGCCCAUUUUUGAUAUGCUCAUUGUUUUCUGUCAUAAGGACAACCAUAUUUAUCCAUGUCAUGAAAGAAAAGCAAAAAAAAAGUGGAAUUCUAAACCAGAAAUAACUAAAAUAAAACAUUUUAUCUGAAUGCUUUAUACAUGGACUUUCACUCUACAAGAUACUCAAAAUUCUUCCUUUUGUUUAUUUUACAAUUCUUCCUCGAGAUGUAGAAUUUGUUACUCAAUGAUCUUGUCAACAGUUAAGUUGAAUGCAGGAAAGGAUUAACAACGGGACUCUCAGAAAAUGGUCUCUAAUACAGCAAGCUUAUGAUUCACUCUUCAAACUGAUUCUGUUUAAAAAGAGUACCUUCUACUUACAGUAAACAGAAUAUAUAACUGAAUAAAUAUUAAUACCUCUCAGUCAAAGCUCAGUGUUAUAUCCAGAAAAAUACAGUGAAUGAAAAUAGUUACACAAUUCAAAACUGUUUAUUCUUCUCUCCAGCAAGAUAUGGGUCUUGUUACCUACAAAUUAAUGUGUUAUUUAUAGCAUUGCCUUCACUCAACGUGAUUUGAUAAACAGGUUGUGCAAUCUUUCAAUAGUUCAAUAGUUCCAUUUAAUAUCAGAAAAAUGUAUCCAAUAUACAUCCUGAAAUCCUUGCUCUUCACAGACAUCCACAAAAACAGAGUGCCCCAAAGAAUGAGUGACAGUAAAAACAUUAAAACCCCAAAACCCCGCUCACACCACCUCCCAUGCACAAGCAGCAGCAUAACAAUGACCCUCCCUAGCUUACUUAAGCAAAAAAGUAUGAACACUCUCCACCCACCAAGCAAGCAAAAGCAAAGCUCCCAAUAAAGACCAUGUUCUGCAAUACAACAAAAACUAAUCAUUCACCCGACAAUCUUUCCCAUCUGGAUAAAGAGUAAUGGUGUCCUUAUAUAUAAUGGCUAAUGUUUGACAUUACAGAAGGAUUGACAUCAUGCUUAAUAAAAUAAAAAUGGAUUUUGCUACACAAAAUGUAAUUCUAACAAAAA